AUUAUGUUAAUCUCGCAGCACACGGCAUAGUUCUUUCUUCUUUGUCUUGCUAUAAAGUCUUUGGUUCGCUGGUUUUUGACAUCAAUCAGCUGGAAUCUUGUACUUUUGUGGAAAUUUGUGUGUAUUAAAUUCUCCAGACUGUAGAACUCAAGCCAUGGACCAGGAUCCAGCUAUGUGGAUAAAAAAAGAGGAAACAGAUGAAGAAGACCCCAUGUGUGUUGAAGAUCUAUUGGAACUAUCUUGGUCCACUGAUAUUGUCAAGGAGGAUCCUGAUGUAAAUGUUGAAGUGAAUGUAACUCAGAAUAUUGUGGCAACGUCAACAAGAUACGCAUGCGAUAGUGCAAGAUUCAUUCAGAGUACUGGUGGGAGCUGUGGCAUUUCAUUUGAAGAAACUCUUCACCAUGGACUGCUCAAGGAUGAGCUGGAGGUACGUAGGGAGAAAUCAACACAUGAGUGCAGUAUUCAUGCAGAAGAAUUUACUGUGAAUGAGGAUAGCUCAUUUGGCACCAGAUAUGAUUCUGGUGUGAGGGAAAAGGAAUUUCAUGUAUAUAGUUGUAAUUUCUGCCUACAAAGCUUUCAUUCAAAAUACAGACUCAUAAAGCAUGUGUUUAUGCAUAUUGAUGGUGUGCAACCACCUUCGUAUGUUUGCAAAUGGUGUGGUGAGGUAUUUCACAGUAAUGUAAGCUUGAAAAAGCAUUUGAGAACGAGUGAGAAUCAUGAAGUCUUAACUGUUGGCAACCAUGAAAAUUAUGGCUGUAGUGAUGAGUAUCAAAGCAGUAUCUAUUUGUAUAGUGAGCCAGAAGUUUCUGUCACAGAACACAAUGAGGAGAAUUCAUAUAAGGAAACUUGGAAAGCUUCAAACAAGUCCUGUAAUGACAUAUGUAAUACACGUAUGGCAAAUGAUGCAGAGAUAACAAGUGAUUAUGGAACUUUACCAACAAGUGUUAAUGUCAGCGCCCACAAUGCUGAACGUACCGCAAACAGAAUCCACAAAUGUGAUAUGUGUGGCAAAUCUUUUACUAGCUCACAUUAUCUCAAGGCACAUAUAUUAUUUCACACUGGAAAGAAAUCUCACAAAUGUGAUAUUUGUGGCAAGUCGUUUGUUUUGUUGAGUACUCUGAAGAGACACUCUCUAAUCCACACUGGAGAGAAACCGUACCAAUGUGCGAUUUGUGGCAAAUCCUUCGGUGUGUUGGAUACUCUCAAGACCCAUUCGCUAAUACACACCGGAAACAAACCUCACAAAUGCGAUAUUUGUGGCAAAUCCUUUGUCGCGUUAGGUGCUCUCAAGAGGCACGCAUUAGUUCACACAAGAAUGAAACCUCACAAGUGCGAUAUUUGUGGCAAAUCCUUUACUUUGCUCUGUACUCUCAAGUCACAUGCACUAAUUCACACUGGAAAGAAACCACACAAAUGUGAGAUUUGUGGCAAAUAUUUUGCUACUUUAGCGUAUUUCAAUCGUCACAAAUUAAUACACGCUGCAGACAGGCCCCACAAAUGUGAUAUUUGUGGCAAAUCUUUUCCUGUGUGGAGCGCUCUCAAGAAACACACAUUGAUUCACAAUGGAGAGAAACCUCACAAAUGUGAAAUCUGCGGCAAAUCCUUUGCUCUGAUGGCUAAUUUAAAGAGCCAUGCAGUGGUUCACACUGGAGAGAAACCACACAAAUGCGAUGUCUGUGAGAAAUCCUUUUCUUUGUUGUGUGCUCUCAAGAGGCAUUCAUUAAUUCACACUGGAAGUAAACCUCACAAAUGCAAUAUUUGUGGCAAGUCCUUUGCUGUGUUGUGGGCUUUCAAGACACAUACAUUAAUUCACAGUGGAGAGAAACCACACAAAUGUGAGAUAUGUGGCAAAUCUUUUGCUACGUCAGGUUAUUUCAACCGACACAAAUUAAUACACACUGGAAAUAGGCCGUACAAAUGUGAUAUUUGUGAUAAAUCUUUUGUUAUGUUUUGUGACCUCAAGAAACAUUCAAAGAAACAUUCAUUAAAACAGUCGUUAAUUCACACUGAAAAGAAAACUUACAAAUGCGAUGUAUGUGGCAAAUCUUUUGGUAGGCCUUGUAAUCUCAACCAGCAUUCAAUAAUACACACGAGAAAGGGGCCCAACAAGUGAGGUUUUUGUGGCAAAUCUCUUGCUAUGUCAGACAUUCUCAAGAGAUGAGCAUUCAUUCACACCAGGAAUAAGCCUUACAAAUGUGAUAUUUGAGGCAAAUCAUUUGCUAGACACAGCGUUCGUAUGCACUCGAAGGAGACCCCACAAAUAUGAUAUCUGUGACUGAAGUUUCACUCAGUUGGGUACUCUCAAGACACAUGUAUUACUUCACAUCAUAAAAAGCUACAAGAAAGUGUUAGUUCAAACAAUUCAGUUUCCCUGUCUGGUGCCCUCAACGCCUAUAAAAUAGCGGAUGUAGCAGGAAGACAAUACAAGUGUGAUGACCAUUCAAUAACUUUAAAAUGUGUUAGAGUUGUGAAAAAAGUGCAGCAAUGUGUAUUACAGAGUGGUAACAGAUAGUGUGACAAUAUAAAACUCCAGUCUGCAGCCUUAAAAGUGAAGAAACUUUAGUGUUAAAUAUUGCAGAUAGAUAAAUCAACUUUGUUUUUGUUAACUCAAUUUUUCUUAUCAAACUUGAGACAAGAAGUUUGUGAAUUGUGAUAAAUUGUUCACCUGUGUCAGUAAUUAUAAGUACCAUGUAGUAUUCAGUGUAAGGCCGAGGAGAUUUGACGAUUUACUGCUUAUUAUUAGAAAGAUAGUCAUCAUGUGAUACUUGACACUCUGCAUUAGAGGCACAGUGACAGCAAAAAUAUGUUCAUGGGACAUACUUCACUCAGGCUAGGAAACUCCCUACCAGAGAACUAUGAUUAUGGCACUUAUUUUACUUAGGUAUGCUUUCUCAAGAGAUUUGCUGCAUAGGUAACUAAUAGUGUGUACAUCCAUGUUCUGUUAGUAGUACUACUCCAUUAAUAAAUAUGUUAUAGCAACAUACAUAUGCUGAUAUACCAAAAUCUUAUGAUCACCUGCUUAAUAGUUUGUUUGUCAACCUUUGGAUCACUAUACAUUCACAGUUUUUCAUGAUAUGGACUUGACAACUCGUUCACAUGUUUUUGGAACUGUUGCAUCAGAUAGUUAUACAUAGGUUACUCAGUUUCUGUAAAUUUUUGCCUUGUAGUUUUUUGGAUGCAGACGUUUUGCCUGAUAUCACAGAUGUAAAUAGCAUGGUUGAGACAUCAGUUUUAGUUACCAUGCACCACAGACCACUGUGGAGCGAUUCUGGUCAUGUGAUGUGGAGAGUUACCCUGCUGGAAGAUGCCUGCACUUCGGGCUAGCACAUUUGGCAUGAAAAAAAUAUAUGCAGUCACAGUAAAGGUCACUUAGUCUGCAGCUGUCAUGAUACAUUUGAUUACUACCAGAUAUCCUAAAGGAUCCCAGGUGAACGCCCCCAUAGCAUAAUGUUGCCUCCAUUGUGUAUUGCAACAUUUGUGUGGCUGCACCACAAUUGUUUUCCAUCAUUAUAUGUGCCACAAAUUGCUACCUGUCCAGCUUCACAGAGCAGGCAAGCCCCUGACAUCCAUGAUUUCUGAAGAAGUGUGGAUGUAUUAGUGGAUGUAUUACACCUUUUCAUCAUGUUAUAGAUUUAUCACCCUUCAGCCACUUUCCACAGAUGUUCAUAAGAGUAGCAUACAACCAGCCAACAAGCUUCACGUCUUUCAGGUGGUUAGUUCCCAGUUGUCAUGCCAGAACAAUUUGCCCUUCGCUAAAGUCACUUAUGUCAUUGGGUUUACAUGUUCACAACCCAUCUCAUUGGUAGAAUAAAUCCUUGUUUAUUUCUGAUUUGCUGAUUUACUUACUGCAUCACAUGCCUACAACAAGCGACAUUCAGUCUGCUGGUGGACAGUGUACAUGACUUUUUGCUCAUCAGUGCAUCAACAUGUCACAAGCAAAAAUGUGUAAUCUAACAAAUUCAUUGUGCUUGGUUGCCAUUUAUACCAGUGUGCAAUAGGUAUAUUUUUUUGUGAAAUUUUAUUGUUUCAUAACUCUGUACAUGAUUCAGAGGUAAUAUAGAUAAGUGUUAUGCACCAAAGCUCUCAAUUAUUUAUUCAGCAUUUAAUACUGUGUAAGCACUACACAGAAUGAAAUAGGUAAACAUUAGGUGUUAUAGAUUGAUUACCAUUAUUUAUAUACAUGAGAACACCACUUGGAGCUCAGAAUGUGAUAACUCAAUACAUGAAUUUAAUCCAAAUCAUUAAAUUUUUAUUGUACUGAAUAAAUAAAUCAAGUGAGCAUUCUUUUUUAUUGUGUAUUGUGUUAUAUUUCAAAGAUGUUUCCAUUGUGGAU